UAUUAUUUAGUUUGGUUGUCUAAUGUUUUGAUUUCAGAAUUGUAAGAAUAUUGUGAUCUAUAUUCUAAAAAUGUAUUAUCCAGAAUCAUUGCUUAAAAAAUACAAAACGUAUCUGGCAUCUAACUAAUACUGUUUCUAAUAUUACAGACUAAAAUUACAGUACAGCAACAAGGAUUUUGUACAAUUAUAAUGCAUUAUAAUGUGCUUGUCAUGCAAUUUGCACCACCACGCAAUUUGCACCACCACGAGCACCCCAACUUUUGGUUCGUUCCACAGUCCAAGGAUAUAAUGAUGAUGAAAACAGCCCAAAGACUAAUUUAUCAUUACUUAUGUUAAUGUUAAUGAUUAGCUACAUACCGCAUUAAUAAUGUUGUUCAUGCAGAAAAAGCCGCUCCUUUGAGCUCAAGGCUCUGUGCACUGUCUGAUAGUUAACGGCUUCAAAAUAAUCAAAUGGCACAAAUCUUUGUGGUAUGCUGACUGAAUCCUUCUUUCGAAGCCUCAUAAAGCCACAAGUAUGAUCAGAUCUAUUUAUCAGAGUUAGUGAUAACACAAACUAAGAAAUAAGUUAUGGGAAACUGAUUCUCCACCCACAUUUAUAUUAUAUACUGUAUAUAUCCAGUGAGAGCUCACUGAUUAUCUUCAACAUGAUCGUCAUCUCUCUGUUCCUGCUGACCUCUCUGCUGCCAACCAUGACCUGCAUUGUGAACGGCAGGGAAGCAAAACCCCACUCCAGACCUUACAUGGUGUCUGUUCAAGUAAAGGAGCAACAUACCUGUGGUGGAUUCCUCAUCUCUGAUAGAUUUGUCAUGACUGCUGCAAGUUGCAGAGAAAAUGCUCCAGUUCUGACGGUUGUGCUAGGUGCACAUGACCUAAAAAAGAGUGAGAAUUCAGUCCGAUACACAGUGGAUUUAUACUAUGAGCAUCCAGAAUACACCAAGGCAUCCUUUUUUAAUGACAUCCUGCUUUUGAAGUUAGAAGAAAAUGUACAACUGAACGAUAAUAUCAUGUGGAUAUCCAUAUCAGAAGAAGGAAGCAUUAUCGAGGCAGGUUCAGUUUGCAGUGUCGCAGGUUGGGGAAGUUUACAAGCUAAGGGCAAGAAAAGCGAUCACCUCAUGGAGACAGACGUGAAGGUCAUGAAUAACAUGGAAUGUGAAAGUAAAUGGGGGAAGAAAUACUUUUCAUCUUCACAGAUGAUGUGUGUUCAUGGCAAAGGAGGAAGCUGUGAUGGGGAUUCAGGAGGUCCUUUGGUUUGUGGAAACACUGCAGUUGGUGUCUCAUCUUUUGGUCACCCUGCUCUCUGUAAUUCCCCAAAGAAACCCGAAGUUUAUAUUAAGAUUUCAGCAUAUCUUCCUUGGAUAAAUUGUAUAAUUGGAAAAUAUUAUUGAUGUCAACUGAAUCUUGCAAAUAAGAUGGGUUAAUUAUUAUUAUUUUUUUGGUUGAGUUGACUUUCCUCCCAGUCGUCUUUUAAUAAAAAUAACAUUCAUUGAUAUAUACUGUCCAGAGAUUUUAAUUAAUCAGAAUUUUUUUUAAACCAGAUAUAAAACUAAAGACAAUUUAAUAUUUGA